GUGGACGGCGAGCGAGCGUUAUAAGCUUGGCGCGACCUGGGGCCCCCCGGGGGCCCGUUCCCGCCUCGUUGAUGCCUCCAUCCGUGUCCUUCCUCCAGCUCCACCUCCUCUUGGGUCGGCGCCGGCGCCGGCGCGGGAACAGCAGCGGUGGCAUGGGGUGCGCGCAGGGGAAGUCCUCGCGGGGCUCGCCCGCCCGCAGCGACGGCCGCGGCGUGGACCGCCUGAAGCGCGACAACGACUACCGCCCCGGCUCCAGCGUGUCCCGCCUCUCCGACCCGCUCCCGGCCACCGCCGAGAGCGUUCCGGCUCCGGCAGCUCCGCCGACCAAAGAGCACGCCCGGCGAGCCGCUGCCGUCGUCCCAGGAGGGAAGACACCGGACGACGGCAACGGCGACGCCGCGGCACAGCAGGCGACGACGGCCGCAACGCCGGCGACCCCGCCACUGCUCCCGCCACACCCGCCGCGGCGCGAGGACGAGCUGGUGGACGGGUGGCCGACGUGGCUCCUGGACAACGUCCCCCGCGAGGCGCUGCAGGGCAUCGUGCCCAAGAGCGCCGACGCCUACGACAAGAUCGAGAAGGUGGGGCAGGGCACGUACAGCAACGUGUACAAGGCGCGGGAGCGCGGGACGGGGCGGAUCGUGGCGCUCAAGAAGGUGCGGUUCGACACGUCGGAGUCGGAGAGCGUGCGGUUCAUGGCGAGGGAGAUCCGGUUCCUGCAGCGUCUGGACCACCCCAACGUGAUGAAGCUGGAGGGCAUCGCCACCUCCCGGAUGCACCGCAGCAUCUACCUCGUCUUCGACUUCAUGUACUCCGACCUCGGCAGGCUCGUCUUGCGCUCCCAACAGCGCCUCACCGAGCCGCAGAUCAAGUGCUACAUGCAGCAGCUGCUCGCGGGGCUGCAGCACUGCCACGAGCGCGGCAUCCUGCACCGGGACAUCAAGGGCUCCAACCUGCUGAUCGACCGCCACGGCGUGCUCAAGAUCGGCGACUUCGGCCUCGCCAACUACUACGGCGCUGGGCGCCGGCACCCGCUCACCAGCCGCGUCGUCACGCUCUGGUACCGCGCGCCUGAGCUGCUGCUGGGCUCCACCAGCUACGGCGUCGGCAUCGACCUCUGGAGCGCGGGGUGCCUCCUCGCCGAGAUGUUCUUCGGCAAGCCCCUCAUGCCCGGCAGCGGCGAGGUGGAUCAGCUGCUGAAGAUCUUCAGGCUGUGCGGGUCGCCGCCGGACGACUACUGGCGGAAGAUGAAGCUGUCCCCGUCGUUCAAGCCCCCCAAGCCGUACAAGGCAACGACGGGCGAGCGGUUCCGCGACCUGCCGCCAUCGUCGCUCGGCCUGCUCGCCACUCUCCUCGCGCUCGACCCGGCCGCGCGCGGCACCGCCGGGCAGGCCCUGCAGAGCAGCUUCUUCACCACGCCGCCGAUGCCGUGCGACCUCUCGUCGCUCCCCGUCGUGUACAAGGAGGAGGAGGAGGUCGACUCGAGGAAGCCGAGGACGAGGCAGCGCUCGCAUAGGCGGAAGGACGGCAACGGCAAGCGGUCGGAGACCAACAGCGGGUCUCCUCCUGAGAAAGAGGCGCAGCCCAUGCAGCCGUUGGACAUUACCAUUUCUCUGUCCGGUCCAGGUUUCCAGCGCUUGGGUCUCGGUGCAUCUCCACUACGUGCCCCCCUGAAUUUGUUCCAGGACCAGGAGGAUGAUGAAUUAACUGGCACGGCGAACUCAGUAACUGACACGACGCGAGAACAUGACAUAGGCCAAGGAUCAGCUGCCGCUGUGAUGACUGCCGCUAAAGCCUCUUCUGGCGUUCACGACUCAUCAUCAUCAGAGAAAACCAUCGUCAACGGCUCAUCCAGCACAGUCGCGAAGCAGCUGCCGACGGCCCGCCACUCGGGCAGCGACGACGACGAUCACGGGAACAUCCACCUGGUUCCGGCUCCGGACGAGGAGGAGGCCGAUGGCGAGCCGGCGUCCGGCAGCGGCGUGAACCGCGUCGGCCCGGAGAGCAAGUCGUCUGCUUUCGUGUCGGACUUCGAGGCGGCCGCCGCGGCGCUACGCGCGUCGGAGGAACUCCCUUCUUCCAAUUAAGCAGUAGGUUCUUGUGGAUCGGCUGUUCUUCUCCGGCUGAGCUUGAGCAUUCCUCUGAAUUUGUUCUUCUCCGGCUGUUCUUCCAAUGAGCUUGAGACUGAUGCCUCAUAUCAUUGCACGCACCAAUAAUCAUCUCUUCAGAAAAAAGAUGAAUCAUUGUUUUAUUUGUUUUAUUAUAUAUUCACCCAGUUCUUGAUC